ACGCAUUACGGAAGCCGAGAAGGAGAGAAAUGUGGGCGCGGGCCGUGUGGCUGGGCCUUCGAGCGUCGGCGGGCGGGCGCCGGGGCUUCCCCUCCAAGGCCGCUCAUCAGGGAAGCCGCCGGGUCACGGCCGAGCUGAUCGAGCACCUGGAGCGGCUAGCGCUUGUGGACUUCGGCAGCCAAGAGGCCGUGGCACGGCUGGAGAAAGCCAUCGCCUUCGCCGACCGGCUCCGCGCCGUGGACACGGACGGGGUGGAGCCCAUGGAGUCAGUUCUGGAGGACAGAUGUCUGUACUUGAGAUCCGACAAUGUGGUAGAAGGCAACUGUGCUGAAGAACUACUACAAAACUCCCAUCGAGUUGUGGAGGAGUAUUUUGUGGCUCCCCCAGGUAAUAUCUCUUGGCCAAAGCUGGAUGAAAAAGAGCCCUUCUCACACCGCUGAGUAGCUAUUCUGGGAAGGGGUGCCCUCUAAAAACAUGGAAGUGCAAUGACUAUUUUGUUACGAACACUAAUGUUCCCACUUCCUUCAGUCACCUGAAAAAAGUGAUGGUUAGGUAUCUUUUAGUAACUAACUCUUUUGAAGACAGAAUUGGGAAAGAUCUAGCCAAAAUAAGGCAAAUAGUCCCUGAUGCCAACCGAAGUAGAAGGUAUUGCCAGUUUCCAAGGAAAUGGAUCAAGUGUACUCACAGGCUGUUCUGUAUGGAAGACUUUAUCCCCUCCCCAAAAGACUGUCUACCAAACUGCAUUUAAGUGAAUUUUUCUAUUUAUGUAACUGUUAGACAUUGCAUCUGAUCACUAUGUGACAACCUGAGUUGUCCUUUUCAGUUGCUGCUUCCAUUGACUUGAGCAGCCUUUUAUCUUUACUGAACACACUUAAAUUUGUUCUUGGGUACCCACUUUGUUCCAAGCAGAGGGCUGACUUUCUGCUAAGGUUAGGAGGCAGCUUUGGGAGGUGAUGGAUAUGUUUAUGGCCUUCAUGGUUGUGAUUUCAUGUGUGUAUACUUAACCCCAAACUCACUGAGUUGUAUACAUUAAAAGUACAGCUUUUUACAGGUCAACUGUAUUUCAAUAAAGUGGUCUAAAAAAAAAAAAAAUAGCCCUGGGCCUGUGACAAAGUAGGCCCCCUGCCCCAUGAUUACUGAACUGAACAGAAUCCAAGACAGUGGGGUUUUUUGUUUUGGGGUUUGUUUUGUUUUUUAAAGCUCAGGUACCAGGGACAAAUGAGACAAAUUUAGGAGUGAAAGUGAUAGAACCAAAACUUUUUUGGUUUUUUUUUCCCUAACGAACUGCCAAAGUUGGUUUUGGCUAAGAAUUUCCCAAUGAUCUUUAUGCUCGUGCCCACUUUUAAAAGUCUGUUUUUAGCCUUCCCAUUCCCUUCCCCUACCUGCAAUGCGCCCUCUUUUCUUUAAAGCAGCUUAAUUUACACAGUUGGCCUUGAAUUAUAAGAGAACCCUGAACCUGCCCUUGGGAUUGAAGUUCUCAGACCACCAUCUUUAUUCCCAAAUAAAGUAAUCCACUCCUGCUCCUUACCAAUUGGGUACAAGCUGCCACUACAACUCAAUGAUUUUUUUUUUUUUUUUUAAACUAUUUCAGUGUGCCUGUUUGGUGAAAUCUAUGAACGUAAUUAAGGACAAUCACACAUGUCAAUUAUUAAAUGUUUAAAAUAUAUUUCUAAACAGAAUGGGCCGACUUAAGUCACAGUAACAGCUGAUCUCCGUAGAAGAGCAACCCACAAAGAUACAGCACUGGUUUUUUUCCCAUCAUCAGGGGUGAAAAAUAUACAACUUGUUUCUGAACCAAAACCAUAAUUUCUGCAGUUAAAAAUGUUUCACUGCUAAUAUGGCCCUGGUAGAAAUUAUGUAGUUUUAUUUCCUUAAAAAAAAAAAAUUAAAAAAAUUUCCUAAGACACUGAAUCAUCAAUCUGGAAUGUAGAUUCUGAGCACAAAGCAGCUCAGUUCACCUAAAAAAUAAAGAAAAAAUCCCCAUCACCUGUCUCAGUAGGGUCUGAAAGGAGAAAAGUAGUGUGGGGAACCCCUGCUUUGGUAUGGAGAGUCACGGCCCCUUGACCCAGACCGAGACCGUGAGUAGCCAUAGCUGGUGCUUCUCUCUGGAUAAACGCGUAUGUAGGAAGUUUCCCCCUGAAAUUCAAACAAAAGGUAAAGGAAAAAAUAAGACCCAGAAGAAUAAAGCACACCAACACCUAACAUGGCUGCCUAACAAUAAUAGUUAAGUAUUGAGCAUUUACUGUUUGCUUGACACAAUGCUAUCUCAUUAAACCCUCGCAAUAGUGCAGGAGGUAGGUAUUCUUGCCCAAGGUGACACAAAUAAAUGGCAACUCGAUUAUGUGGUAAAUAACUCAGCUACUAGCUACUACUGUUAACAUAUCUGAAUUCCUGCCACUAACCCCCAGAAUCUAAGAACUGGAAAGAUCUCAGAGGUCAGAUAUAUAGUUUAGUCCUCUGCCACCUCACAUAUGCGUCUUUGGGUGGGUACCUAUGAAGGAGCUAACCUGUAUUUAGCACCUCCCAGGUGUCAGGACCUGGGCUAGAUGCUUAGUUAUCUUCAUAAUUUAGCUUCCUGGCAAGUCUUUUAAGAUAAUGCUAUUAUUGUGACUAUUUUGCAUAUAGAGGAACCAGGGUUCGGAGUAGGUCGGCUAAGAUUUUAAUAAGCAGCAGAGAAGUCAUGUCCAGGCAGGUCUACCUCCAGGCCCUUUGCCCUCAGCCAGCAUUCUCAGAUCUAAAGACCCUAAGAUGAAAGAAGCCAGAUGCUUUUUCCCUCAGUGAAGUCAGUAAUUUGAUUACCCUUACUGAGACUCUGCUUUGUAGUAUAACUGACGACCAGGUGCUGUUUUGUUUCUGCUGCAAAUUCAAGUCUUAGAGGACAGUCUGAGCAAAAGCACUGUUAACCCAUGCAGCCUCCAAGCCAUAAAGUUAGGGAAUUAUAUGAAUCCUUAGAAAAAGAAAUGGGCCCAGAAAUUCAUGUCCCCAGACAUCCCUAAACCCCAUAGCAAGUCAGGACAGGAUAACCAGCAAAAAUGUCCAAUUGGUGGUCUGGUAUCUGGUCUCAAUGGUAUCAAAGGAAUAGUCACCAUUUGAAUCAAACUGAGAUCCAAAGCAGCAGCCACCUACUUGAAAGGAAGUACAUCAAGAACUAAGUCCCCAGGGUGAGGUGAUGAACAACAAGAAAAUGCCAAGGGCUAAGGUUUCAAAGAGGCUCCUGCAUCACUUUGGGAAAGGCACAGUGAAGUGACAACUCAGCCCCAGUAGCAGUACCUAGAAGGGCUGAGAUGAUGAGGUUGGCUUGCAGAGCCCAGACUAGACCCAAAGGAGGGAGAGCCAUAAUAAUUAGGUUCGUGGAGGGACACUGCGGAUUAAGCCAGUUGUGAAAGGGUGUUAUCAUGGAAUAGCUCACCACAUUAUGACAGACUGCACCAGUAUUCUCUCCAGGUUAAAAAUACUAUGACUGCAGACUUCUCUCUGUUAUGACCCUGCAGGGCUUAGGCAUGAUGAAUUCCUUGGCUUUGUCCACGUAAGACAGAUCUUUAAUGGUAUUGUGAGGUCCUCAAAUGGCAAACGCAUGGCCUGUUGCUACUUCUGCUAGGUCAGCUUCAGGUGGAGUGGUCUAGGUACAAGCUCCUCAACAGGAGGUGGGGACCCACCUCAUGAGAGCGGAAUUUGGUGUCAUCCAGUUUACGCAGGGCAUAUUCCAUGUCUUCUUUUCUGAGAUAUUCAACCAUCCCCAUUCCAUCUUUCUGCACAUCUGCGUAACAGACAUCCCCAGCUUCUCGCAUAUGAUCUUUCAGGUCCUGCCAGCUGCCUGAUGGAGGAAGUCCUAGGCACAGAGAACAUGAGAGAAGAGGCCACAUCCUUCAUCUAUGUUAAGAGCCAUCAAGACCUAGGGUCCCUCCUCCAUCAAUCACUACUUUUAAAUCCUGAGGGUCCCCAAAAUCACAAAUUUUAAUAAGGGACACAAAACCAGAGAAGAACACUAAUGUAUGUGUGGUAAACCACCAUAAGAAGCUGGUCCUAGGAUAAUCUUCCAGAGACCAAGCCUUUCCGACAGACCAAGAAGUUCAUCCCAUUAUAGGUUUAGUACCUCUAAGAAUUCAGAGCCUCUCUUUCUUUGUCCUUCAUAAUUAAUAACAAACUCCCAAGACUUUGAGUUCUAAUUUUUUCCAUUAUGAAAUUUAUCGGUACCAAUUAUUUUUUGCCUGACUGGGUUCCCAGGACAUAGGAAUUUUGAAACCAUCCAAUAAAAUAACCAAAGUGUAGCUGAAGUAACACAACGAAAAUCGAAAGUUUGUUUUCCUGUAGGUGUGAAUGACUGACAAACUAGACAAAGUACCUCUUAAAAGAUCACCAACACUCUUCAAUACAGUAGGGGAAAAGGUAAGACUCAGACGCUAAAACUAGUCGGGAGUCAUACAACCCUACCUGAUGUCAUGAAAGGGAAAUGUGCUCCUGCUCUCAAAGGCUGUGUUUACCGCUCACAGCUCAGGACUGCAGCCAUUUCCUAAUAGUUUUCUAAGCAGGAUUUCAGAGCAGCAUGGAGAGAAAAAAAGAUAUGCAUGACAUCCUGAAGGAGGGAAUAGAGUUCUGGGGUUAAAAAAUUACAAAGGGACACAGAUAGGCAGAUACUGACAGGAUUACUCUUAAGCGCCAUGGGAGUCUGAUGUGACUGUGUGACGUUCACAUCUAAGACAAUGCCAGGCUCCUCAAUACACUUCACUCCACCAGGGCCCUAAGACACCCCUGCAAUGUGCAGAAGGCCCCAGGUUUUUACCAGUGUGUUAAUAUUUCAAAAAGAUGCAUAAACCUCUGAGCUUAGCAUUUCAUCACUUGUCAACACUAGACAUUUCGUUCUAUACUUUGCAAUACAAUCACUAAGACUCCAAGUUGUAGUUUUGGUUUCUUUUUUACAUAAUUCCAAAACCACCACAAAAUAUGGCCUAUUUUAGGAUCCAAGGCUAGGUAAUUUGUUCAAAUCUGGCUUCUGCAAUGUCUUUCUAGCAAGUCCGACACCAGGGUACAUUCCAAAAGAAAAUGUCUUUAGAAUUCCAGCUCAAGGGGUUUUGCCAUCAUCUUCCCUUUCAACACUAGAAAACUCCAUUAUAAGAAGAAAGUUUAUGUUCUAUCAAGGCUGCACUAUCAGUGCAAUUUCAUUGGCAAGGUACCUGCCUCACUGGCAGGGCUUCAGACUGUCACUGUGCAUGGGCUGUUGAAAAGAAAACCCCACACAUCCCACGCACUGAAGAAUAACAGCUAACAUUUCUGGGAGGCCAGACUCUGUGCUAAGUAUUUUACAUGCAUCAUCUUAUUUAGUUUGAAAGGAACAUACCUGAAACAAGAACUCGGAAAUCAGAUCUUCUUGUAGGAGGCCCAUUCCUCCCACCACGGGGCCACCCACCCCGACCUCCGUAAGUCCUGGGGAACUCCACACGAAGCCGGCACUGGCCAUAAUCAUAACCGUUCCUUCCAUAAAUUGCAUCCUCAGCAUCUCUGCAAAGAAAAGUUUGGAGUUAGUGCUGCUCAGGAGGGCCGACUGACUUCUCAGUGAGGAACAUGACUAACAAGAAUAAAAGGAGGGGCUUCCCUGGUGGCGCAGUGGUUGAGAAUCUGAUUGCCAAUGCAUGGGACACGGGUUCGAGCCCUGGUCUCGGAAGAUCCCACAUGCCGCGGAGCAACUGGGCCCGUGAGCCACAAUUACUGAGCCUGCGCGUCUGGAGCCUGUGCUCCGCAACAAGAGAGGCCGCGAUAGUGAGAGGCCCACGCACCGCGAUGAAGAGUGGCCCCCACUUGCCGCAACUAGAGAAAGCCCUCGCACAGAAACGAAGACCCAACACAGACAAAAAUAAAUAAAUAAAUUUAAAAGAAACUAUCAAUCAUUUAAAAAAAAAAAAAAAAGAAUAAAAGGAAAACAUCAAGUGAGAAAAAAAACAAAAGAACAAAAACCCGGAACUUGAUGCACUACUGCUUUGGUCUGAAGACCUUUCAUGAUAUUGGAAUUAAACUUUACAGCUGUCACACACAGGGUUCUCUAGGUAUGAAAUGAUAAUGAAUAGACAAACAGAUAACAGAACUAAUUCAGAAAAAAGUAAACUGUUGACAGAUGGUUGAUUUUGCCAAUAAAGUGUUUCUCUAACCUUG